AUGGAGCUGAAUCGGCGACGCAAUGAACAGAUCUUCUGGAACGACCGGCGCCGCUAUCCCGUCCGUCACAUCGAACAGCGACUCGUGGAAGAAAGCAUUCGGAUAUACAAUGAAACCGGACAGCAUCUCGAACUGCCCGAAACCGAUCUACCGCCAAAGCGUAAAAGUUCAGAGAUCGAAUACUCUGGCAUGCUACCGCCAUCCAUGAUCCCAGAGUUGCUGGAAUACAGCCGGCCGAGCACAGCGGGUCUCAGACGACGCCAUCAAUCAGCUUUCAGUCAGCGUUCAAGAUGGUCGGAUGGCCCUUCUCAACGAGCGAACAGCCAUGCUGGCGCAGCUACUUACCACGGGCCAGUUGCAGCCGAGCACGACAGGCCAUCCCAACAACCAUACAUGCCACGGGCCACAGCAGAAAAUCACAGGCCAAUGAGCCCCGAAGCACAGAUGGAGCAAGCCGACCCAGACUACAUCUACGACGCCAUGCCGAUGGAGGAUGCACACUCGAGAAGCUGGGAGAUUCUGACGGAGUCGCACGACACUGAGUACCCCAAUUCCGACGGGACGAGUACUUAG